CCUUUCUGCUGUGAGUGAAGUCAGGAAGCGCUGUCCUCUGAAUCUGAAAAUGAGAAUGAGUGAUUUAUUCAACGUUCAUGUAAAGCUCUUCUUGGUCUCUGAGGUUUUCCACUCCUUCUCCUGGUCUUCCACCCAGGCCACCGCAGCCCACAGCUGCACGCCUCGGUUUGGAACCGUCUUCUCCAGCCCCGUGGGAUUUGCUGAAGAGAGCUGCUCUCUGACCCAAAGAAGGCCUGUUGGAAACAAGCUCAGAAUCUCAGAUGCUUACAUUUUUGCAACUGGAGGGGAUCCUAAAAACCAUCUAGGAAACAGAAGUUCAGGAAAUGUCUCACACCAGCUGACACCAGGUUUAUUAGCACAGCACACAUUUGCUGUGAUAAAUGUGAGAAAGAAUGAGUCACAUCAGCAGCUCCGCGUGCUGGGUGCUUGUCUUGUUAACCUUUGCCGCAAGCCAGUGAGGCACCAACUAAUUAUCCUCACGUCACAGAUGAACUGGCUCAGUGAAAUACUGGCUUAAGGCGCUACAGUAACUGUGGGACCAGGCUCUGAACUCACUGGACUGUGGAUAGACAGCUCAGACCCUUCCUUUCCCACGGCCUGUGGUGGGGUUGACGAAGAGUGCAAACAUCCCCUGGCCUGCGGAAUUCGCUCCUGUGCCAAAGGGCAAAGAGCCAACAGAAUGAAGAGACGAGCUGAUCGUUUUGUGGGCUCACUGAGGUCAGGCCUAUAAAAUCAUCUGGCAUUUACCAACAACCUGAGGGCUUCCCCUGGGAAACAAGGACUACUUGUCUACCUGCAGCCUCUCCCCAGAUUUUCUAAGACUGGUUAUUACAAGCUAGAAGAUUCUGCAAGUUCCCUUUGUCCUUGGAAGAUCCACCCCCCACCCUCAAAGAGGGGGCCUUCAAAGUGUCAGAUUGGGGGCCAUAAGAAAGUCUUGCUGGUGCGAGUCUUCCUGUUGAGGUUGAGAGAUCAGGUUCAAAGCUCAAGCCGCAGCUUCCUCACCUCCACUCCCCAUCCCAUCUCCAAUCCCGAGAGGGAAUGUUCCUUCCCUCCCCCCACUGAGGCUCCCUGUAAAAGCCUCUGGAUUGUGCUGAGCUGGGGGUCAGAUUGGGAGUUUGAGGCAUCUUUUCUGCUCUCUGGGGAUAGACCCUAACCUCAUGGCAGAGGCUCCUGGGAAGGUGCCUCUCCAGAAGGAGUGGCUGUGGAAGCAGACAUCUCUUCUGAGCACACAGGGUGGAUGCUAAAUGAGAUAUACCCACACAUACCUAUCAGGAGGAUAGACUCUCACCAGUGCCAUUAAGUUGUGCCUGGAGGGACACCUUUGACCGCAGUACCUGUGCAAACUUUUCUGCAUGUUGAUACUACCCAUUCUGGAGCAAGUAGUUGACCUGCUAAUGACAGUGUUACUAAAGGUCCCAACGUGGCCUCAUUUUGCUAGCUUGCCAGUGAUGACAUGUUCUCUUUUUAGAGAGCACUCAUCAUUGUUAGCAAUCCAGCCAGCAGCUUUUAGCCCUUUGAGUGAUAAAAACCUGUAAAACUUUAUGAAAUUUAUACAUCUCCUUACCAGUAAAAUAUACAUGGGCACAUACAUGAUAUUGUUGCAUAUUGUAUUGGACACUUGAAGCCCAUUCCAGACCUCUACCACAUUGCAGACCGCCGUUCUAGAGUGAGCACCCUGGUCCAGGGACCUGGUCCGGUGUCCUGAACGCCUCCAGAAUGCAGUGGAGUUUCUGGUAGAUAAUAGAUACAGUACUUGGGAAAUGUGUUGCAAGUUGAAUGCAUUAAUCAACCUGGAAGCAAGUUUAUGAGAGCAAAGCUGCCUUGGUGGUACCCUGGCCCAGUACGAAUGACAUUGAGUGACACUGUGCAUGGUCAGAUGGGCUUUGGGUCCCACUUAGAAAAACUGCUGUAGGUCACAGAGGGAUGUGGGGGGCUGUGGAAAAGAAGGAAAGUAAUGGUAUUUGGGGGACACAGAUCCAUUAACCAUAGCACAGUCAGAUAAUAAGUCAGUCUCUAUCCCCCCACCUCCCCUAACCCCUCCUCUCCCUCACUCUUUUAUUCUGUCUUCCUCUUACUCUACUGUGGCUAUCAAGAGCUUUUGAAAGUAUAAAGAGCUUUCGAUCAGUGUUCAGAAUGGCCAAAGGUUAGCCUCCAGAGAUUUUUUAUUUUAUUUUUGCUGGAAUCACUACUAUGGCAGAGGUUAGUCACCACGCAGGCAGGAGCCACAGAACAGGUACUUUAGGUGGUAAUGAGAUGAGUCCAAGCCCACAGAGCCCUUCUGUUGUGCUCACAGAGGGGAAACCAACAGAACAGCCCAGGACCUGAGCUGUUGUUUCAGUCUCUAUAUUUCAAGUGCAUCUCCCCAAAGGACAUAUAAUUGAACAGAAGAUGCCAAGGCUGCCUCUAGCCAUAGAUUAUGGAAAGCCUCCUGAGACUGCCUUUCAGAGGCACAAGGAUGACCAUUUGCACCUGGGAUUUUCAAAUGCAGUUUCCUGGACUGGGAUUCAUGAGCAGUGGGAACAUCACCCAUGGAGCUGUGUGAAUCAUGAAUGUCAUGGAUCCUGUCUCAGAAGGUUUGGGAGGCCUUUCUGUUUAAAGCCGUUUUAGCUGGAAGAUGCUAAUUAUCAAUGAGGAGAAAGUGACACCUGAAGAGUUCAUCUUCCAUCUUGGUCCUUGCCUUCUCCUUUGAACUCCCUCUCUCCGGCCCUCUUUCCCACUUCAUCACUCGUCCCCCACCAUCAUAAAAGAGAGCUCUGCCCGGGCGGGCGGCAGAACUUUCUUUCUCACUUGCCAGGGAGUCGUUCCCUCCGCAGCUGUCUCACAGGCAUGGACAACCUGCGCGAGACCUUCCUCGGCCUGGAGGAUGGCUUGGGCUCUGACAGCCCUGGCCUGCUGUCCUCCUGGGACUGGAAACACAGGGCAGCACCCUUUGAGCUGAACCAGGCUUCGCCCACUCAGAGCCUGUCGCCGGCCCCGUCGCUGGAGUCUUACACCUCUUCCUGUCCGGCUGUGGCUGGGCUGCCCUGUGGGCAUGGAGGUGCCAGCAACGAGGGCAGUGAUGGCUGCAGCGGCCAUGGCACUGGUGGCCUGGUAGAGGUGGACUACAAUAUGUUAGCUUUCCCACCUGCCUACCUGCAGGGCGCUGGGGGCCCCAAGGCCCAGAAGGGCACCAAAGUCAGGAUGUCUGUCCAGCGGAGACGGAAGGCCAGCGAGAGGGAGAAGCUCCGGAUGAGGACCUUGGCAGAUGCUCUGCACACCCUCCGGAAUUACCUGCCACCCAUCUACAGCCAGAGGGGCCAGCCACUCACCAAGAUCCAGACGCUGAAGUACACCAUCAAGUACAUCGGAGAACUCACUGACCUCCUCAACAGCGGGAGGGAGCCCCGGCCCCAGAGCGCCUGAGCCCCGGGGACUCCACUGUCCAGCUCCCUGGACCCACAGCACACAGUAUGUUUAUCUAGUCAGCGUGGUGACCUUGUUGCUGGGAAAGGGAGUUCCCACUGGACUUGGUGGAACUGCCAGACGAGCAGGUACUUUGCUUCCAGUUUUCCCACCACUUCUCAGGAGUCUCACCCUUUGCAAAGACACGGAUCAGUUUGCCUUUCUCGGUCUGUUCAAGUUAUUUUAAAGGGUCAAUGAUCUUAAAUGCAGUCUUUCAAUAAUGUGAAAUUGCUACAGUUCAUCUUCUCUGGUCCUUUUGGUGUUGGGAGUUUGCUUUCUGUUGCUAACUAACCAGUAUUUUGUACAGGAUCCAGGGUGACACCUGGAUUC